UCCGCAACACAGUGACGUGCGAGGACUCCCUUGAGUGGAUCCGGCGUUCGGCCGCCGGCGACCCCAGGUUCUGAAAGGCUUUGUGCUGCAAAACGCAUUCAAGUAGCUGUCCUGCCAGCACGGGCUGACACGGCUCAUUCAAGCCGGAAACUUAACGUUGUGGGUGGCGUGUCUGCAAACAGCCAUUUGGGUUAAAGUAGCUGGGAGAUCCCCUUGUCGGCAUGGACCCUGGAGUCUGAGGACCCUGGGUCGGCGCCAAGGAGCUAGACCUGAACUCAUGGCACCUACCUGCCCGGCCUGUGUCAUCCGCCCGUGCCAGGCUGACGGGUCUGUUUGAAUGGGGGCUAGGCAACAGGUACCACGUGUCUGCGCCCUGAGGCUGAUGAGAUGCAGCAGCCGUCGAAGGGGGGAGGCCCUAGCUGGUGCGCCCCUGGAUAACGCCCCCAAGGAGUACCCCCCCAAGAUCCAGCAGCUAGUCCAGGACAUUGCCAGCCUCACGCUGCUGGAGAUCUCAGACCUCAACGAGCUCCUGAAGAAAACGUUGAAGAUUCAGGAUGUCGGGUUCAUGCCGAUGGGUGGCGUGGCGCCGGGUGCUGCCCCUGCCGCUGCAGCCUCCGAGGCAGCAGAAGAAGACAUCCCCAAACAAAAAGAACGGACACAUUUCACUGUCCGCCUGACAGAGGCAAAGCCCGUGGACAAAGUGAAGCUGAUCAAGGAAAUCAAGAACUACGUCCAGGGCAUCAACCUCGUGCAGGCAAAGAAGCUGGUGGAAUCCCUGCCCCAGGAAAUCAAAGCCAACGUGGCCAAGGCCGAGGCCGAGAAGAUCAAGGCGGCCCUGGAGGCAGUGGGCGGCACCGUGGUCCUGGAGUAGGCCGUCCAGACGACUAUGGACCGGGUCCCAGGCGCUGGGCAGGGCUCCACCUGCUCCUCGCCCCGCACCCAGGCUCAGCGGACCCACUUGCGCUGGAGCAGAACCGGGUACCCGCACCAUGUGGCCAGUUCCCUUCUGGGACAGACGAUGGACCUACUGAGAUGGGGAGGGAGUGGCAGCCACUGCCCGUGCAAGCCCCAGGGAGGAGGACUCGAGAACCUACGGCGAGUUCACGCGCCCCCUGGUGGCUGUUGAGAAAAAUGCAUUGUUCAGGCU